UAGCGGCGUAAUACAGAUUAAGAUUACCAAAAACAGAAAUAAAGUCCGUAUGCUUCAUACCGAACGCACAAAAUUACGUUUGUUAAUAAAUAGAGUGAAGUACUUGAUUGAAUGUAUAAAGUGUUAUAUUCAAAUGUGAAAUUAUCACUUAAUUAAUGCACAAAAAGUUUUUCUUUGAUAUGAAUAAAUGAAUAAAUUCACUAUGAAAAUUCUGUUGUUGUAUGUACUUUUGGCAAGUUUUCUAUCUUGUUGUAACGGUUCGAAAAAAACGAGUGAAACUGGUGAUAACAUUGUUAAUGCGGGCACGUACGAGCUCAAAUUUGAACAACUUUUUCAGCAAUAUUGGCGGAACAACAGAACACUCACUGAAGAUUUAAGAAACGCCCUUAAUAUACCAAAGCAAAUCAAUUUGAAAGUUGAAGAAUUGCCCAACUGUCACUCUCCAAAAAAAUGUCUCAUUUGUCGCGCAUUUUCAUUCACCUUUUUGACUUACUAUCAAAAUCAUUUCGAACAAAAUCUUGAUGAAUAUUUAUUUGAUUUGUGCACAAUAUUGGCAGAAGAACCAGACUACGUGUGCAUUGGCAUGAUAAAUAUAUAUGGGCCAACCAUUAAGUACAUUUUAAAGCAUCGUACUAAUGAAUUGUCAUCGGAAAGGAUUUGCGGAAUUUUAUUCCAAUACGAUGGGUGUAGUGCAAAUAAAUAUGUGAUUGAUUUCACUAUUGAACCAGCUCAUGGCAUGGAACCAGUAGUUAAAGUUCCAAAGCAAUAUCAAUUUGGAGAAAAAGCCACAAACUCUAGCUCAUUUCUUACCAUAGCACAUUUAAGUGACUUUCACUUUGAUCCAUAUUAUUCUGCUGGUAGUAGUUCGAAUUGUAUUGAUUUUCUUUGCUGUCGCAAUACAAGCAUUCCAAAAGAAAAUUCGACACAAGAAGCUGGAUAUUGGGGAGAUUAUUUAUCGUGCGAUUCACCAAGCCAUUUGAUCGAAAAUAUUUGCUCACAAGUAGCAACUAAUCAUAAGAAUAUCGAUCUAAUUUAUUACACUGGUGAUUUCGCUGACCAUUUCAGUUGGUUGACAACGAAGUCAAGCAUUAAACAUUCUAUUGAGUUUGUAACUCAACAGAUCAAAGAAAAAUUUCCAAAAACGCCUGUUAUAAUGGUGAUUGGAAACCAUGACAUCCAUCCAUCAGAUGCGUUUGCGCCAGAAUCGACGUCAGAAUAUAUAAAUUCAAAGUGGUUAUAUGAAAUUGCGGCUGAUCUUUGGUCUGAUUGGCUACCUCAAACCGCUUUAUCAACUUUUCGACGUGGAGGUUACUAUAGUUAUUCAUUUCGGUCGGGCUUGCGAAUAAUUGUCCUCAAUAACAAUCUUUGUUUUACGCAUAAUAUAUGGCUUUUGUAUAGUUCCGAAGAAAUGGUUGUACAACUGAGCUGGUUACGAGAUACAUUAUUGGAGGCUGAAAAAAACAAUGAAAAGGUUCAUAUUCUUGGACAUAUUCCGCCAAACACGUCAAGUUGUAUUCGGGCUUGGAACCGUGAAUACAAUAAACUGAUUAUACAGUUUUCACACAUAAUUAGCGGCCAAUUUAACGGUCACACGCAUACCGAUGAAUUUACUCUGUUUUAUUCGGAGGAUGAUGACAAUCCCAUUCCAUUGAAUGUAGCAUAUAAUGGUGGUAGUGGCACGAGUUUCAUUGGAUUAAAUUCCAAUUAUCGUUUGUAUUUGGCCGACAAUAAUACUUUUGAAAUAGUAGACCAGGAAACUUUUAUCUUUAAUUUGACUGAAGCAAAUAUGACCCCUGGACAACCACCAAGGUGGUUUAGAGAAUAUUCGUUCCGUGAUGCAUUUUCGGUCCCUGAUAUGAGCCCGUACACUUUGAGCAAAUUGGUAAACGAUACUUUUCGACAUGAUCGAAGCGCCCUAUACAAGUAUUGGAGCUACAAGUACAAACUGGCUUCACCAAAAAUGGAAUCAGGUUGCAACGAUGCUUGUCUGGAAGAGUUACGGCUUAUAACAAAUGGCGAUAUGGAAAAUACCUUCUUCUGAAUCUUUUCUGAUACUAAAUUUUUGAGCAUUUAGCGAUUUGAAUAAAAUAUUCAACCUAAGAGAAAACGGAAAA